AUGUCUGUAGUAACCAAGUUUCUUCUUACAAUCCUCAUAUUCAUAUUCAUGUACCUCUCAGAAACCCCAUUAGCAGAACAAAGACAGCAGUGUGUUCCUUCUAGUUGUGGGCAUAUUCAUAACAUCAGUUAUCCCUUUCGAUUGAAAAGUGAUCCAAAGCACUGUGGCCUUGAAAAUUAUGAAUUGAGCUGUGAAGGAGAUCACACCAUAUUACCAAUACCUCCACGUAAUUGGCAUGGAUCACUGAACUACUACUAUGUUCAAGCCAUCAAUUACGACAACUCCACCAUCCGCCUUGUAGAUCCUAGUAUAAGAGAACAAGCUAUUUGCUCUCUUCCUCAGAAUUCGUUUACGAUUUACACUGCCCUUUUUUAUUUUGAUUCUCGUAUAUAUACAAUGUCUGAUGAUGUUGAUUUAACAGUACCAAUCACUCUCUUCAGCUGUCCAUUUGCCUUAAAUUCUCCAGUCUUUGUGGAAAUCACUAAUUGUCUCAACAGGAGUUAUGCUUCCAAUGUUUCUUCUGAUUCAUUUAAGGGACACACAUAUGCAACCAUGACUAAAUUAUCACCAUCCGAUUUGAAAGUCGGGUGUACUGUAGACCUCAUGUCAAUGACUUCAUGGCGUAUUCAGGAUGCAAAUGCCAACAUUUCUAUUUUAAGUUUGCAUAAUGCUUUGGCAUAUGGAUUUGAGCUUUCAUGGUUUACAAACGUUUAUUGCGGCAAGUGCCCCGAGAAUUAUGUAUGUGUAGGGGAAAAUUCAACUGCUGUUCGUUGUGUGGAUUACAGCUGCAAAGCUUACAAUUUUAGAUUCUUCAAAACGCCGUGUGGUAAGAUUGUUCCCAAUGUCAUUUUGCUGCAAAGCUUACAAUUUUAG